UAUACAUUGCAAUGGCCGAAAUUGGAAGUAAUGAGUGCGUUAAUGAUAUUACUAGUGAGAGUGAGUUAGACUUUGAGGAAGUUGAUAUAUGGAAGCCACGUGGGCCUACGCUAAAAGGUAGAAAAGAAACUAAAGUGACAUCUAAAUAUUUGUGUGAAGUUGGCAAGAACAACAUUAGUAUUAAUAUCCACGAAUCAAGACCUGAAAAUAAAAUUCAUCAAGAAGAAAAAAAUACGUUGUUGAAUAUAGGUAAAACCGAAAGUGAUAGUGAUUCAUGCGUUGUUGUAAGCGAAGGUAUCGAGAAACCUAGUGAAAACAACUUCAUUGUCUCUGCGUUAAGAGAUAAUACGAAAUUUGUAGAAAUUGAAGAGAAGUUUGAUCAACUACAACAAAAAUCAAUAGAAAUGAAGAAAAAGGUGACUGAGAGACAGAUGAAAACAGAGCGACGCAGAGCCAGUAAACUAAUAAAAAGAGCUUUAAAAGACAAGACCAUAAGGGAUAUUGUGGAGAAAGAUGUGGUGAAGGAUGAUAUGAAUAGUAAGAAUCAAGCAGCAGACGAAUGGAAAGGUUUGAAGCCCUUUCUCACUAUAAAUGAUCAUCUAACAGGUCAUGUGUCACAUGGAAAUCUUGGGCCAAAGACAGAAAUUGAGCACCUGGUUGACAAAGCUAUUAGUGAAGGUGAUUUAAAUAAAGCAGAGAUGUUGAGUGAUCACCUAGCCAAUAGACAGUUUUCUGUAAAGAUAGUUCAAGCUUUUGCUGCCAAGAGAUUUGCUGAAAAGAAGGCUGAAGAAGAAGCUACUGCACGAGCCAAAAGAAUCAAAAAGUUGUCUUGGGGGUUUGAUGCCAAGGAGAGAUGGGAAAUGAAGGGGAAUAUGUAAAAACAAUCUUAGGUGUAUAAGUACUUUGAGAACAAUAAAAUAUAAUGUAUAUAUAGAAAGUGGAUUGUAAUAAUAAAAUGUGAAAAAACUGAGAAUGGAAGUUGCCCCUUAUAUGUCAAUAUACAUAUAUUAC